CAUUACGGCGGGGAUUGCUGGGUUACCGUCAACUGCAGCUCCAGCCGCAUCCGCCCAUGUCGCAUUAUUGAGAGAGAUCGGCGGACUUAUUGCUCGUCGAUGUUGCAUUGCAAGGCUCCUUCGAUGGUCAGUAGGCAUGCUGAGGCGGUAAAGGCAUUGAAUUACGUCUCAAAACUCAAUACUGGAUUGGACUUAGAAAUGGUACUGAAGACUCCAAAUGUUGUACUGAAACCUGAAGAAAUUUCAGAUGCAGCUUUGGUCUCAGGCACUGGGGGUUGUAGUUUUAUAUCGAACAUUUGGAAGGCCACCCUGCCAUUGUUCCACAAACCCCAUGGCAUAAAUGUUAUCCUGGCCGUUUGUGCCAUGUUUGGUAUGUUGUUUUCAUCGAAUGGUAUGCAAAUUUGGUUCCCGGAAAUUGUAAAUAGGUCAGCGGGUGGGGUACAGAAUGUCAGCUCUACAAUAUGUGCGAAGUUGGAAGACUCAUAUGCCAGGGAUCAUAUGGCCGCCAUGGAUGCCACAAAUAUUGGGGAGACGGCCUGUGAUGACACCAUCGCCACUAAAACCUAUGUGGACAACAUUGUUGUGGGUUUGGCCUUCUUUGUGGGCUUUUCGAUACAGGGUGCCCUACUCAAUCCUCUGGGUAGAAAAAAUGUACUCCUCGCGGCAUUGGCUGUAGGUGCCGUCUGUGGUCUACUCUUGCAUGUGGUAACAAAUACCACUGGUCUGUUGGUGCUGUUUUGUUUAUAUAUUCUGCUGCCGGGUCUUUCGAUGUCGAUUAUGUGUGGCGCUCUGGUGGAUUUGGUGCCAACGCAUUUGAAGGGCAAAACUGUGAGUCUUGGUCUGACAAUGGGUCGUGUUGGGAUUAUUGUGGCCUCUAAUUUAAUUGCUGCCAUGCUGGAGCCAUAUUGUAAUGGAAUAUUUGCCAUUAUAACGCUGGUGAUUAUAGCCUGUGGAGGUUUGGUCUUUACAUUACCCAUCUAA